AUGAGUAUAGCCUCUGCAGUUCUUGCAUUGAGCAAAACAGCCUCGAGGCUAAGCGCUUUUCUCCUCAGACUUGACGGAAAUGAACUUUCAGCUGAUGAUUCACUCAAGAAUCUAGCAGUGGAUGUUCAAUCGCUGGCCCGAGAGUGCGAUUCUAUUUUCAUUGCCCUUAAGGAGUUGAUGAGCAAACACAAGUCUCAGGUACCACCACACAAUGAAAUCGACAGUAAGGUGUGGAGUUGUCUUGCGACUGUGGUACAGGCUACGAGUCGAACAAUUCAACAGACGGAGCUGGUUGCGAAGAAUAUCGCAGGAUAUCCCGGGAACAUUACAACUCCAUCUCAACAUGAAAUCCAGAUGGGAAGAGGCAAAGAUCAGAUAGCAUGUAUGCAGACGGAAAUAUACAGGCACAACAGGAACUUACAUGCCAUGCGCUUGUUGACCAACAUGACAUUGAGGACACCCCAAGGUCAGGAGAUCGCCGAACUACAGGAUCUUGUCGAAAAACUACACACAUCUUCGAAAAGCGCCGCUCAACCUCAGCUGUCUUGCAACGAGUCCACGUUGGUAAAAUGCGCACAAGAAUUAGUCGCAAAGUGCAGGAUCACAUACGAGCCUGAGUCAGCCACGCGUUUUGGUACUUCGCAGCAAGCACUACUGAACUACGACGUUCAGGUCUCGGAAUGGGUGAAUACUUUGGAUUCCAAUCGCCACUCCGAUCAGUCAGACGUACUUUCUGAUGAACCGUCUGUCUUUUCUGACCACGACCGGUAUACCUUUCCAACAAGUGCCACUCCCGAUAGUCAUAUCUCUCGAAAGGAAAUCACUGUCACUGGCGAAGAUGACGGUUUCGAUGAUGAUUGGGACACUGACCUUGCUCAAGCAGCACUUGACGCCGGCAUGAAAGCAUUCAAUCUGCAGGACUGGAAAGAAGCCGAGUCUCUACUACGAGAAGCCCUACACGUCCUACAGCAGCUUCAUGAAUCACGACGCACUUUCUCCGACAUGUUUCUCUUGGAGUUCAAGAUUGCUCUCUGUGCAUAUCACACACAAGAAGCAACGACUGCCGCAAAGGCUCUUCUAAAAUUGAGCCAGCAACCAACAGUUUCAGAUGAGCAGCGGAUAUGCGUAUUCGAUGCUUUGCACCUGUUAUCACUCCUUUAUAUUCGGAUGGGACAGACCGAGCAAGCACAAACGGAGUGCAAGAAAGCUCUGCAAGCACGAAGAAAAUUGCUAGGCAAGCAGAGCGAUGCGGCUCUCGAGUCAACGGCACUUAUGUCUCACAUCUAUGUAUUGCUCGACAAUCGUGCUCGUGCUACAUCGUGCCUUGCAAUGCUGCCAGAAAACAAAAGGGACACGAUUCUCAAAAGGGUCGGAGAGUCCUUAGGUCUACCACUGGAACACGUUAACCCUGUGUCACCCACAGUUUCAAGAUCAGAGUUGCCGACACCUCCGAUUCAGAGUGCGGUUCCGAUGUCGCCGUUCAUAUCGUCCAUGAAUAGCGACACGCAUGGCUCCGCAACCGCAACACCUUCGCAGACAGUGAACUUUGUUCCACAACGCCCACAUCUACGUUCUUUCUCCAACCAGACAAGCUGGAACAGUGGGCGAUCCUUCACAGUAAGAUCGAACUCGUCCACCGAGGACAGAGGUGGUUCUAGCACAGCAAAUGACGACAGUACUAGUAGAUAUCAUGCUGUCUGCCCGGAAGUACUUGGUAUCACCAUGCCUCCACUGGCGACGCGCGCAAAAGCAGCAACCUCUCAGAUCAAACCUUUGGCCCGAGCCGAAAUCCUCAACAAUAUCGGAUGCAAACCCAGAGACUCGCUAGAAGAUGCUGUUUGCGACGGCAAUCAUACAGCUUUUACGAGCAUCCUCGAAAAGAAGCUAAGCUCAUGGCGAUCGAAAUUUCGCAAGCCUGGCCAACCAGAAAGAGUCACAGCACUACACUAUGCUGCACUUUUUGGCGAGAUCCACAUGGCUCAAUGCCUUCUGACCGCGGGCUUCAACAUUAACGAGAUCCCAUUCGGAUACACAACCAAAUUCUCUCCACUGAAAUUCGCUGUUGGUGCUCGACAGGUGGCAAUGGUCGAAUAUCUGACCGCAAAUGGUGCCAGACCAUCUGAGCCAGAUACGUGGUCAACGCUGGCAGGACAGUUGAUGAAUCGUUCGUGGCUAAUGAAGACUAUCUCCGAACCAGAGAGGGACACGCUCGCCACUCGAAUUGUGGCAAUCAUGAGGAUAUUGCUCAAGCACGGGUGGAACAUCGAUGAACCGUAUGACGACUCUGGCAAAACUGUGCUCCAUCAGGCAGUCACUUUCUGGACCGGCUCGUAUAGUAGUGAUCUGAAGGUCCGCACCACUGUGACCUCAUUCUUGACUGAACAAGGUGCUGAUGCUUUCCGGGCAAACGCUGAAGGUAAGGCACCGUACGAGAUGGCUUUGGCUUCAGGUCAUCAUGAGCUUUUGCUUAUUCUUGAUCGUGCUCCGAAGAAGACAGAAAGGAUGGAUCCAGGUAUGAUACUACCUGUUGAGCUUCCUGGCUGA